GAAGACAGCAGGAAGACGAGAAAACUUAAAACGAGUACUUGUUAAUCUUCUGUCUGCUGUGCCACAUUGUCCUGAUGAUAGUUAAACAUUGGGAAAACAGAAGGUCUGCUUCUCUGCCUCUUUGUGGCUUUUUGUCUUCAUCUUUUCUGCUGUCAACAAAUCUCAACUUGCCAUGGAAAAAGCCAGUUCUGAGUCUAGCCCGAGAAGGGCACAUGACACAAAAGUGGAUACUGAAUUGUCCGACAUGUUCUCUAGCAUGGAUAUCAACUCUCCUAAGUCCCAAUUCAAAGGGAAGACACAGAUGCCAGGCACAGAUGCAGUCUUACUGCGAGUUAAGCCACUCUCUCCUACAGAGAGAGGUAGCCCUUCCCAGGUACGUAGAAACAAUACUGCACAUGUUUUAGGAGGAUCCCCUAAACUGCAGGCAGAUCCAAGCUACAUCACACCUCCGAAACAGACACAAAACUCUUCCAAAAAACUGUUAAGUUCACCUGACCCCUGGGCAUUCUCUCCUGUACCCGUUUGUCAUGGCUCUCCAAAAUCGGUCAGGACUGAUAACCCACACCUUCGAUACAAUUCCUCCAAAUCGCCAGGGCCCGAGGGGUCUAGUUCUGGAUCACCAAGAGUUCAUCGUUCUCCAAGACCACAGCAAUCCCAUGGAUCUCCCAGCCCAAACCUGUCUUAUUCAGGGUUAUCCUCUUCACCUGGUUCUCAGUUAGGCUCCCCUCGUCCUGGACAUUCAGAGCGCUGGCCUCAGAGUGGUAGUCCUGGCCCUAGUCAACCCCCUAGAAGCAUGUCUGUUGAAUUUGGGGAAACAAAAGUUGGUGAACAAACUCCCUCCAAGUCCUUGCCCAAAUCAAGUCGAUCCUUGGACUAUUCUGACGAAAAGAAAUCUGUGAUGGUGACUGACCUGGAUCAGUACAUGAAGCAAAUGGCGAAGAGUUACAGUCCAAAGUUAGGCCACCCACCUGGGACGGUGUCAUUAGCCAGUCUGGAGGCUGAGAAGGAGACUGAUCUUGAUGCUGUGGAGGUGGAAUCUUUAGUUUGUUUAGGCUUGAAAAAGCCCCAAGGACGCUAUCCACAGCUGGCCAAUCGUCAUGAAGACAGUCACCUGAAACCUCCAGGGAAGUCAGAUGGUUUCUUCAGAGCUCCUUUAGCCUCACCUGAGACUGUACUGUCCUCUUCUCCUACCACCACCCCUAACAUUGCCCUAGAGGAAGCCCCUCCAAUUGUUCUGGCGGUCAGUGCCAAGUCACCACCAUCUAAAUCACCACCGUCAAAGUCACCACCAUCUAAGUUGCCGCCCGCUAAAUCCUCAGUUAGUGUGUCCCCUGCCAGUAAGACAUUACCCCAGCAGACCUCCCUUAGCUUGGAUGAGGUGGUCAGGUACCCCAAGGCUGUACCUGGGAAACUAGACUUCAGGAACCUGGACGUCUUUGAAGGUAAGAUGCUGCUGCAGUGGCUGAGCUCUGCCUUUGAUGAGAAUCAUUACCUGUACAGUAAGCUGAGCAGGUAUGACAUGAAGGUGGUGACAACCCAGUUCUGCACAUACCUGGUGGCGGCAAGAGUCAUUAAACAGUUGGAUGACAGAGAAGGGGAGGGGCCACUCUUCAAGCCCAACUGCUUAUACUACUGGACCCACACCCAGGCCACAAGCAAUACGCAGGUGGCAGAGCCUGGCAAACUGACACCCCAGUGGCCCCCAACCCAGCACGAUGUGGAAGAGACACGCCCCGGCCUCAAGUACACUGAAGCAGAUCACCAGACAGCUAUGGUUGGGUUAAGGCAUGAGUACAAAGAUGAAGUGGAAAAACUUCAGAGGGAGCAUAAGAUGACAGUGGAGAAAAUUCACCAGGACUAUGACAAGAGGCUGGAGUUUUACACCCAGAGGAUCACGGCUUUACAGGAGGAAGUGGAGAAGUACCGUAUACUGGCCGGCAUAGAGCAACUCACAAAGUCUGCCUUGACUGAUGCCGAAGCUGCUAAUGUGGAGGCGGGCUGGUCCAACGGCCUGAACCUCACCCCAAACAACAGGCUUAUUUCCCCUUCUGGCACCCCAUGUACCUCUCAAUACCACACCCCAGCAGCCACCCCAGAAGUCCUGGGGAGAGGCUUUGCUAAUCAUCAGGUGCAGGAUGAUGUGGUGUUCAACACUCUGACCACAGCAGAGCUACAGUCUGCCUUCAUGGACUCUCCAGCACCACCCCCUCCGCCUCCACCACCUAUACCAGGCGCAGUUCCACCUCCGCCACCUGUACCUGGAGCUCCUCCACCUCCUCCACCUAUACCAGGCGGUCCACCUCCCCCACCUCCAAUACCAGGCGGACCACCACCUCCUCCUCCUCCUCCGGGUGUACCACCUCCACCAGGAGUGACUGUUGAGAAAGUGCCAGUGAAACCAGUGAUAAAAACAAUAUCUCCAAUGAAACCAUUAUUCUGGAAACGCAUCCAAGUUCAGCAGCUGAAAAUGCCUUCUCCAUCUUCCAAUAAAGCUGAUAGUAAAUACUUGUGGGAAGAACUGAAAGAACCAGACAUUAAUGUGAAGGAAUUUGAUGAUCUGUUCUCUAAAAUUCCUCUGGAGAAAUCAAAGAAAAGCACAACCAAAGCACCUGUCACCAAAAAGAAAAAAGAGGUUGCCAAAUUGAUAGAUGCCAAGAGAUCUCAGGCCGUGGGUAUUCUGCUGUCUACACUGAGGAUGGAUAUGUCUGAAAUAGAGAACGCUUUACUGGAAUUUGACACGUCUGUGCUGGACACAGAAAGACUGCAGGCUAUUUAUGAUGCAAGACCAGAGCCAGAUGAACUGAAGCUGAUCAAAAACCACGUGGAACGGAACAGUGACAUAGCACUGGAUAAACCUGAACAGUUUCUUUACGAUAUGUCCCAGAUUCCAAACUAUGCAGACCGAAUCUUCUGUUUCAUAUUUCACUCCACUUUUCAGGAAAAUGUGUCAGCCAUUGAUAAUAAGCUGAACAACUUGAAAAUGACAUGUGAGACACUGAUGUCAGGCAACAGCAUCAAGAACAUUUUGGGAAUAAUUUUGGCUCUAGGAAAUUACAUGAAUGGAGGUAAUUUUUCAGCUUUGGGAAUGGUCAAAGGGGGCCAGGCAGAUGGAUUCGGAUUGGACAUCCUAGCUAAACUCAAAGAUGUGAAGAGUAAGGAUAACCAUGUGAGCUUACUUCAGUAUGUGGUGACACAAUACGUGAGCAGGUUUGAGAAGGAUGAUGCUGGUACUGACAAGGUCAAGCUUCCCCUUCCUGACCCCAGUGACAUUCGACAGGCAGCUCUUGUUAAGUUUGAUGAAGUUGAAGCUGAGAUUGGGAAACUUAAAACAAACUUAGAAGGCUGUCAACGAAAGUCUGAGAAAAUAAUUUCAAGUUCUAGUGAACAGUAUCUGGAGCCCUUCAAAUCUAUCAUGACAACAUUUUUUACCAAGGCUUCACAGGACAUUACUGAUCAAGAGGAGAAUGUUCAGGAAUGCAAAACAUUGUUUGGAGAGCUCGCGGUAUUUUACUGCGUGUCGCCUAGAUCAGGAGAAACUGAAGUGUCUCCAGAAACCUUCUUCUCCUUGUGGACAUCAUUCACCUCAGACUUUAAAGAUUUAUGGAAGAGGGAGCAACAGAAAGUGGUUAAACAGAGAUGCAGAGAAGCUCAAAACAAGGUGAAGAAAAUUCGGGAAGAGAAGAAAUCAAAAAUAACCCCAACUACAAGGGCCAAGAAAGCAGGUGGAUUGAAAGACAGACUGGCUGCCAAAGGCAAAAUUUAACCUAGUUUAGACAGGAAUAGGUGGAUGUUAUGCACAUACACCAAGAGAACUCCAUUCAGAUGAAUUUCACAUCAUACAUUUUUUUUUAAAACAUUUUUGUUUAUAAUAACUGUAUAUAAAAAGAUUUUACUCAUCUUCAUAGCCAGUGAUGUUUGCUGAAAGAUCUGUCAAAAACCUGAAGAAAGGUCUCCUUCACUAGUGCAAGAUCUGUUUUCCAUUGUAAAUAGGUCCAGAUUGUAUCAUUUUGUCGCCCUUCAUUGUACGUAUAUAUGCAACGUAUUUUAUAGGUAAUAUUUAUAGAAGAGAAUAAUUAGUUAUUUAAUAUUUGCAAUCAGUACGUGUUAUAUAAAGUGCAAUAGUGGGAAUGGGUGGAAUCAAAGAUAUUGAAUGAAGGUUGAGUAAAUGAUUUUGAUGUGGAGUGGAAGGAUGUAAUAAAUAUUAGCUGUACAGAUGUAUGUGUACUUUGUGCUAUUAAAACUGCAAAUGUCAUUCAGACGGGACAUAUGGGAAGUUAUUCUGCUACGUAUAAAUGUAGUGUUCCAACAUCAUAUUGAAGCGAUGUUUAAAAUGUCCAGUCAGAUGUUGAUUUUGAGCGAAUUCUAUACCAGUUAUUUCUUUCAACCAAAAAAAAAAAAAAAUUUUACAGUUGAUUAACUGCCAUAUCUGCAAAGAUUCUUAUCACAGUCUUUGUUUUCAGUUUUAAAAACAUUUUGUGAGUUCCAUGUGCUGGCUUUCUCUCUUGUUCUAUGUGGGAAAGUCUGCCGGCAACAUGGGGAUGAUCAGCUGGUUGUGAGCUUCCCCCAGGCUCUGCCCAGGUUUCUUCCACUUUAAUUCUGGGUACCAUUGUAUAAGUAAAGUAUUCUUGAGUAUGGUAUAAAACACCAGUCAAAUAAAUAAAAUGCUUUACGGUCUCCGGUUUUCAGUCAGGAUUUCAGAUACAAGGCACUGUGCAGUGGUUUCUUCCAGGCUUUGCUUAGUUUUGUAGGUCUGUUAAGCGGACUACCAUGUUGUGAGUAAAACAUGAGUUAAAAAGCAAUAAUAGAAGUGAAUUUAUUGGCUGGCACUAGUAAGCUACAUACAUGUAUAUCUUCAGGACAUGGUGAAAGAAGUCAAUUCAAAUGCAUGUAUGUCAGGAUGAUAGUGCUUCUAUGCCAACAGACAAAGUCUACAAUAUACAACUGUACAAAAAGGGAUUUUACUUGUAUGCUAUUCCAACAUUCUAGUAAAUGGGGGCUAAUUUGUUGAAUGUUGUUACUCUGUUAAGGAAGAAAACAGUGUUGUUUUUUUAAAGUGUUUUGUACAUCUGAAAAGUGAAGGAGUAAUUGCCAAGUACAUUUUUUUUUUUUACCUUGCUAGUUAAAAGAGUGAGGGAUGCGAUGUGUGUGGAACUCUAUCCAGUCUUUAUACUGAGACUUCCCAUUACCCCCAAAGACUGCUGACUCUUGACAGAAAUGGCAGUAUUUCAUGGCUGUUUAUAGAGUUAACUCUACCUGAGGCAAUAAUGGACAGAAAAAAAUAUAUAUACAAAACAUGUAAAUAUGCAAUGACCUAUGGAUCAUAGAGGCUUUUAGAACUGUAAUUAGCCUGUAGAUAGCAUUCGGUGCUGGUCAGUUUUAUGCAUGUAACAGGUGCUAGUUAGCCAUACUUAGCUAAUCUGUGUUAGGUAAUGUGAUAGUUUAUAUAUGUGUUUCCCACUUAUCACACAUGUUGGUUUAAUCAGUGGGAAUUGGUUUAUCAAUCAGUAUGCAAUAACUGUCGCAUUAAUUAAUAUCUCCAAACCCUUGUGUUAGGGAAGAACCCAUUUUGAGUGAGUGGCUAUGGUAGCUGCAUCUUAAUCAGUACUAUUCUCAAUCAGGGAUUUGUCACCUGUUUCUAUUAUUCUAAGGGCCUUGGUUGAUGGCAGUCUAUGGUGUAGUCUUGCAUGAAGUUUACUGGAGACCAAAUAAUUGCCUUCCAGCAGUAUGACAUAGGUCAAAGGUGGAAAAGUUCACCAGUAAAGCUUACCAAAGGUCAGUGGUUUACUCCAGAAACUGACUUCCACCACCCAUUGGCAUCAAAAGUAGCAUUUUAAAGCACAUUUAGUGCAUUUUUACAUACCAAAAUUCAGGUAAAAGACACAAGAUUUGCCUUGUAAAAAGUAUUUUACUCAAAACUGUUGAUAGAUUAAGUUUUCAUAAAGUGGAGGUGGUUAUAAAUUUUAAACUAAAUUGCUGUUAUUUAUAAUUAUGUUAUUUAAUUAUGUUAAGAGAUUCCAUGGUGAUAAUUAAUGUCGAGUUGUAGAAUUUGGGAUUUUUUUCCCCUAAGACAAAAGGCUGUCAUUUGUUCUGCAGAAACAUGUUUGGUUAAGCUCUAUUGAUCAAUUCCAGUUUUGUAUGUUUUUCUGUUAUAUUGAGGAUCAACAGAAUAUUUAUACUUUCACCAUAUGUCUUUCCAGGUUUGUUUAAGUACAUUUUUAUAUCCAUUAAGUUUUUUUUUUGUUUAGUAUUUUUUUUCAGGUAAUAAAGUGAUAUUGGUUUACUCUUCAAAGGUACAGUGCUGCGAAAUAAGCGUGCCCAACAGUAUGAAAGGGGGUAUACAAAUUACAAAAAGCGGGUUGUUGUUAAAAGGGAUAAAACAAAGCCUAAACAAUAAAACUUUUUCACAAACACGAUUAAA